UGUGCGCGCAGUCACAAAAGUCACAAUUUUGUAUCAGAGUUCUUAGCUCAAUUUGUAAGUCGCCAAUUAAAAAUACUGAAACUAUUAUUAGAAUAUUACAUAUGAGAACCAAAGCCAACAAAUUUUCAAUUAUUGAAUGAGAACAAUUUUAAACAAUUUUUGUGGCCCCACGGAGUAGUCCACGAGUUUUGUACUCUGAUGAAUUUAUAUUCGAAUUAAACUAAAUACGUUUGUAAAACAUAAUUGGCUUAUGGUCAUGCUUAGUAGUCGUUAGUUAUGCCAACGGUUCAUUCUUAUACAUUCAAUUGAGCUAGCUUACUAAAAUCAACCGCUCAAAAUUUUUAUUUUUUUUUUGCUUUGUGAAGUCAAGAAAAAUUGAGGUAGAAAAUGAGCGAAGCAAAGAAUGAAGAACAGCAAACGGCAGAGUUCAUCAAAACUUUGAGCGAAGCUCCUACUGAUCUCAUGAUGUUCAGCGGUUCGUUACAAAAAUUAUACAAGGCAGAUGACAAGUUUCUCCCAGAAAAUGAUGCCAAAAAGACAUAUUUGGAUUGCAGAGAAAAUAUUCGAAAACAGGCACGGAAAUAUUCAAAAUUUGUGUUGCCUAUGACCGAACAACUGUUCUUCAAAAUUUCCAAAAUAAUGGAUAAUUAUGCUGACCUCGAAUUCGACGAAUGGGUGAAAAACUCUGCAGAAUUUCAGAAAGAACUAUCCGAGACCAAAAAAAUGUGCUCCAUAUUGAAAGAAGUUCACAACGAAAUUUCGCAAAAUUUGGGUGCAGAGAAAACAGUUAUUGAUGAAGCAGGUAUUCAUCAAGAAUACGAAAACAGCAGAACACGACUGCUUGCUCAAGUUAACGAUGCAUACAAAAAAUCGAAUUCGUUGGCUUUCUGGGAGAAGUUGAUUGGGGUCUUCGAUAUUUUUGAUUUUGUCGCUAGGAAGGCAGCUGAUUGCAAAAUGGUCUACCUGACAACUGUACUACAACUGGCUCUGGAGUACUUCACAGGUUAUCUGGCAACGAUGCAUACAUUCAUUACAUCUUGCCACACAAACGUGUCAAAAAUGGUCGACUCUGGCAAUGACCUAGAAAGAGCUAGUGAAAGGGAACUUCAGUCAAUCCACUUUAAGAAGAUGAAGGCCAGGGCUGGUGAGAUCAGGCAUUUGUGUAAUGGCUUCGUGAACACCGCAUCACAAAAAUUGCGAAACAACCUGUCGAACCUCCCUGGUCAUGAUGAUGACGAAGCAUUUUUAAACGAUUGGAAGAAAACUAUCCAAAAUAAAUACGGACUCACGCAAACGCAGAUAAACACAACACGAUAAAAAACAGCAACUUUAUGGCCAAUAACUCAGUAUUAAUGCUUAAAAUAAAUGAUUUAAACUAAUUUGAAGUUAUUCAUGAAAUUAACUC